CCGCAUACCAUGCGUAACGCCGGAUCAUCCAGUUUUGUUCUCAUCGUAGGUCCAGCUUCCUUCCUUGUGUUUGCGCAAGAAGACGCCCACCACCGCUAUAAUAAGCGCGCGGCGCAUCUAUCAAUCUUUUCAUACCCCUCUAGCUCUCCGGCGAACAACCAGUCAGUAGUUUCCUACCCCUCUGCCUCUCCAGCGAACAACCAGUAAGUGCGGUGCCGGCCGGUCGGGAUGGACGAGGCAAGCUCCCACGCCGCCGCCAAGGCCGCGCCAGUGCGGGCUGUCGCCGUUUCCCGGGUUGCGCCGUCGGUUCUCCGGGAGGGGCAGUGCGGGGAACGCGUGAAACUUUCCUUCCUUGAUUCGUUGUGGGUCGUGCUGCCCCCGAUCCAGCGAGUGUUCCUGUACCAGCUUGGGGAGGACGGCGGCAGUGGCCGCAGUGACGACGGCUUCCCGGCGGUGGUCGAGCGACUCAAGCGUGCUCUCGCGGACACGCUGGCGCACUACCUGCCCCUGGCGGGGACGCUUGAGUAUGUGAUGGAGACCGGGGACGCCUUCGUGGACUGCACCAACGCCGGGGUCGCCUUCGUCGAGGCCGAGGGCGGCAUGGAUGUGCGGCGCCUAGCUGGCGACGAGGCGCACGACACCCUCGCAUUCCUGAGCCUCGUGCCGGAGCUCGAUGCCCGGGUGCUCCCUGCGCCCGUGCUGUCAGUACAGGCCACUCGUCUAAGCGGCGGCCUGGCGGUCGGCCUGUCCGUGCACCACGCAGUCGCCGACGGACGUGCCGUGUGGCGAUUCAUGGAGGCAUGGUCUUCCGCUUCCCGCGAGGGCUCCCCAGUCACCAAGGUCCUCGGCCCGCCACACUACAGCCGCGACGUCAUCCACCACCCGAACGCCGACGAGCUCGCCCGCGAGAUGCUAAAGACCGUCGCGCCCAAUCUCCCAAAGGUGAGGGGGCAGUACGACUUCAGCCAGCGGUUCCUGCUCGCGCGCCGAACGUUCUACCUCGGCGCCGACGAGAUCCGGUCGCUUAGGAGGCGGAUCGACGACCUCGCCUCCGCCGAGGCCGGUGGCGACGCGCCCAAGCCGAAACCGGUGUCGACGUUCGUGGCGCUGGCGGCGCUGAGCUGGACGGCGUUUGUUCGUUCCAAGGGGCUCGCCGCUGGGGACGACACGUACCUGGCGUUCCUCGCCGACCUGCGCUCCCGCCUGGACCCGUGUGUGAGCGAGGCUUACCUCGGCAACUGCGUGCGCGCGUGCCUGGCGAGCUGCGCCGACGCGGCGGAUCUCCUCGGCCAGGCGGGCAUCCUCCGCGCGGCGCGGGCUGUGCAGGCCGCGGUGGCGGAGAUGGAGGCGGCACCGCUGUCCGGGACGGACAAGGGCUGGAUGCAGAAGCUGAUGCGGCUGCCGUUCCAGCGGCUGACCAACGUGGCGGCGAGCCCUCGAUUCAGGGCCUACGAGGCGGCUGACUUCGGGUUCGGGAAGCCCGCGCGCGUGGAGCUGGUGUCCAUGAACCACGACGGCGAGAUGGUGCUGGUCGGCGGCCGCGGAGAUGGCGAGGUGCAAGCCUCCGUGUCGAUCAACCCGGCGCACAUGGACGCAUUCAAGGCCUGCAUCCUCGGGUAGAUAAAUUUUCGCGGGCCCGUCCGCCCGGGCGCGGUUGGGAAUUAAUCUGAACCUGCAAAGUCAUGCAGUUGAGAUCUAGUCUGUUUCCAACGAUAUAUAGAGUUGUACUAGCAACCUAAAAAAACAUAAUCUUCAAUGGCCAUGGCUAUA